GCUCUUGUAUCUAUCAAUUCUUUAAUACUUUCAAAGGUCAGUCUGUAUGUCCUGCAUGUUCACAUGAAGUGUAUGAAGUUACUACAGAGUACAGACUUUAGCUGCUUUGGCUUACUGGGAUGAAAGGUCAUAUGCUGAAUUCUGCUUUCUUCUCUGGUUAUAGUCGACCAACAUCACUGCAGGAUCGUGGUAAGGAUAGCGAUGAUGAAGACUUCCGAGAUAGGGACUACGAUGUGGCUGCACUUGCUAGCAAUUUAAGCCAGGCAUUUAAAUAUGGUAUUUACAGUAGUGAGGAUAUUGAUGAGGCUCAAGCAUCACUUGAGCGGGAUGAUGAGGUAUAUUCAGAUUUACUGUUUAGAUUCAUUGUAUCAUCUUGCAUUGAACUGAACAGAUUGUAUCUCCUGAUGUUUGAUGUUUUUUUCUGGUUAUUAUAUCUGCCACAGGAUGUAUAUUUUGAUGAUGAAUCUACAGCUGGAAUGCAUGAUGAGAUCGAGGAUGAUCAGUUUGAAUCUAUUUUUGUUCAAGCUGAUCCAGUAGUCACUGUUGACAACCUGCUGGAACAAGUGACAGAUCGUGAAAUUACUGUGGAUGAGAACACAACACUUAUAGUUUGGUGAGAGGCAACAGAGCACAGAUGCAAUGGAUGAGGAUGUUGUAGAGGACCAUUCUGAAACUGAUGGUGAUUAUUCCAAUGAACACAUAGAAGCGGUAACUACUGACAAAGUUCCAGAACUCAAGCUGAUUGAAGAUAUUUUUGUUCAAUCUGAUCAUGCAGUUGCUGCUGACAACCUACCAGAACAAGUGAGAGAUUGUGAAAUUACCUUGGAGACCACAUCACUGAUAGUUGAUGAGAAGCAACAGAUCAUGGUUACAGUGGAUGGAGAUCUUGUCAAGGAUGAUUCUGAAACCGAUAAUGUUCAUGACGAUGAACAGAUGGAAGUGGUAACUGCUGACGAAGUGCUAGAGGACACAGGGAUAACUGUUGAAGAUGUUGAGGAGAAGCAAAAGAGCACAUUUACAGUGGAUAAAGAUGCUGUUGAUGAUCAUUUUUUCAAAACUGAUGAUGUUCAUGCCGAUGAACAGAUGGAAGCGUCAACUACUGAUGAAGUACCAGAACUCACAGAGGCAGAUUAUGAAGUUGUUGAGGAGAAGCAACAGAGCACAUAUACAAUGAAUGGAUGCUUUGAGAAUGAUCAUUUCAAAAUCCAUGUUGCUCAUGCUGAUGAAAAGAAGGAAGUUGUUGCUACUGAUGUGCCAGAAGUCACAGGGACGGACGGUGAAAUAGAGGAGAAGACACCAGUGAUAGUUGAUGAGAAGAAACUGAGCACAUUUACAAUGGAUGGAGAUGUUGUCGUUGAUCAUGCAGAUGGACAGAAGGAAGUGAUAGUUACUGAAGUGCCAGAUGAAGUCACAGUGACUGGCGAUGAAGGUGUUGAGGAAAAAGCAGCUAUGAUUACUGAGGGCACACCAGAUCACGGGACUGCCCCAAGUACACUACUGAACCCAUGGUGGCGGUGCUAAAAGAGAAGGGAGUAAAAGCGACCAAGAAACCCGUGUAUUUGUUUGCGCUUAGCCUAGGGAUGCUUAAAGCCAAGAUCAAGGAGAAGAAAGAAGCGAAUAGGCUGGCGCUUGCCAGGGCAGACGAGAACAUUUGCCGAUCGAUCCCACGCAAAGGGGCAGGGCAGCAGCGGAACCUGAAUCUGCAACAACACUAACUCAGGGAAGAAGCUGGCUCUGAAGUGUGUGUGCGUCCAUCUAGCAUAGUAGCAUCAUGCACCUAUGGUGAAACCAUGGUUUCUCAUUUACCUCGGCUAGGCAUCUAACUUAUGUGUGAUUUGCGUGUUCGCUUGGA